AUGGUCAAAGGCACACGGACGUACAAAGAGCUUAUUGCCCUCUUCCUAGAGCUUGUCGGCUACGACCUGACACCUGGUGCCCGUCUCCCCCGGUACCACGAGGCCAUCCUCUCCCUCGCAGCCGUCCCCCAGACCAUCAUCUUCGUUCGAACCAAGACGCAGUGCAACGAAUCAUGCGCUCUGCUCAUGAUGCUGAUUGGUGUCAACCACAACAAGGUCGUCGAUACGUUCCACUCGUCGACUCCGGCGGACGAAAGAGACGCGAUCAUGGCGAGGUUGAGGUCGGGCGAGACCAGGAUCCUGUGCGCCACGGAUGCUUUCGGUAUCGGGUGUGACGUCCCCAAGUUCCGCAAUAGUGUGUUCUAUGGCUGUGCAGCAAACAUAAACGAUUUGUGCCAGAAGGGAGGGCGUGCUGUGCGAGACAACGCGCCAGCCAAUGUCUUCAUCUUCACAGAUCUGAGGAGGAGCAAGGAGAUUGUUGAGGGGUGGGAAGAGUUGGAGGAGGUUGAUCAGCUGUUAGGCUCAGGCAAGGUUGAGAAGUCUGCUCUUCGUCAUUCCAAUCAUGACGCAGCUAUCAAAGCGGCAACGUCCUUCCUCACCGACCCCGGACUGCUUGAUCUCGACCUUCCUAGGUAUGGGCUCCACAGACAUCAGUAUGAAGAGGUGAGCAAGCUCAUGCUUGAGGCAGAGGAGGAGAUUUUGCGCAUGCCCAGGUUCAAGAGACGUGUGGUGAUCUUGUGCGAAGGGCUCAUCAAGGACCUGCGAGGACCAGCGGUGCUGCAAAAGAUGGGUCUACGGCAGUCUGUUACUGGCGACUUUUUGCGCGACGUUGUGGGUUUUGGGGGAUGCGUGAUCCCAGAUGAGCUGCUGAGUCUCAUCGCGGAGAAGUUGAACGGAUGGGCGGACUGCAACACAUUGAAGAAACAGUGA